ACAGCUAGUGCUAGCACAGCAGCAUUACUUAGGAUUUGGGCAUCACAUCACACAAGAAAACUAUUACUCCAUGGGAGGCCAAAAGGGUCCUGCUGCGAUCAUGGUGGGUGUGCUCCUCAUACUGGGGCUGGCCACUGCGGCGAUGAGCUCCUCAGAGAAGGUGGCCACCGGCGAGAAGACGUCGUGGCCGGAGGUGGUGGGGCUGAGCGUGGAGGAGGCCAAGAAGAUCAUCCUCAAGGACAAGCCCGAAGCCGACAUCGUCGUCCUCCCUGUCGGCACCAUGGUCACCAUGGAACACAAUCCCCAGCGCGUCCGCAUCUUCGUCGACACCGUCGACGAUACCCCCUACGCUGGCUAGCUAGGCUAAAUACCUACGCGGCUAUACAUAAGUGAUUAUUAAUAUCACGGGUCAUGAACGAAUAAUUUCAUAUACUCCCCAUAUCCAUGCAUGGAUGUCAUGGCCAUAUGCGUGCUAGCUCCUUAAUUUGCAUUUACAGUCCCCAAAUUCUAUGCCCCUGGUAUGUGUUAUCUGCUCCAUA